AUGCCGCAGCCAUUAGAGACUUUUGACCAUAAUUAUAAAGUAUUAAUAGUUGGUGAUAGUGGCGUUGGUAAAACGUGCGUCCUCUUAAGGUUUAAAGACAAUGAUUUUCAGUCAACGCUUUUAAGCACCAUAGGUAUUGAUCUAGUCAACAAACAAGUCGUCGUUGAUGAUAAGAAAAUUAUGUUACAGAUAUGGGAUACUGCCGGUCAAGAAAGGUACAAAACUCUUACUAAAGCUUUCUAUCGUGGUACUUCGGGCAUACUACUUGUUUAUGAUAUUACAAAGAAGAAGUCAUUUGAUAAUAUCCGUUACUGGAUGAAAUGUAUUGCUGAUUGUUACGAUGGCGAUUUAGAAAAUGCACCGAUACUCUUUAUAGUUGGUAACAAGAAUGAUUUACCCAGAGAACGGAAAAUCAAAUACGAUGAUGGACAAUUAUUAGCUAUAAAAUACAGUGUCAAGUUCUUUGAAACAAGCGCUUACACAAACUGCAAUGUCAACGAUGUAUUUUACAGGCUGGCGGAAGAUAUGUAUUAUAAUUCAACUGGUAAAAGACACGUAACAGGUCCUGUGUUUAAUGGCACUAUCAAAGUUGAUAGGAAAAAAUCGACUCAAAGGAAAGAAAGUGACGGUGGACAUAGUUGUUGUUAG